AUGUCGAUAUUACACCCACAGGAACCAGGCCCAAGAGAGCUCGCCCAGCAGAUUCUUCAACACAGUGCUCCUCAAUAUAACUUUGCCUUCUCACCUUAUCUCAACGAAGUAUUCGGCUUCGGACUCUCGCCCAAUCGCCCCGUAUGUAAAGCGUAUCUUCAAGGGCAUUGCCCAUCAGGAUCUUCCUGUCCGGAGAAGCAUAACAACAAUUCAAACUUCAACAAUUUGGUAAUAACUAAUCAAUUUACCACCUCUAGACAUUGGCUGCGAGGCCUGUGUAAAAAGGGUGACAGUUGCGAGUUUCUCCAUGAAUACAAUCUCCGGAAGAUGCCAGAAUGCAAUUUUUUCACCCGGCAUGGAUAUUGCUCAAACGGUGAGGAAUGUUUGUACUUGCAUCUAGACCCUUCUUCGAAACUCCCACCUUGUCCACAUUACGAGAAGGGAUUUUGCGCUCUCGGGCCAGCUUGCUCACAGAGGCAUAUACGUAAGGUGUUGUGCGAAUUUUAUCUUGCUGGUUUCUGUCCAGAAGGCAAGGCUUGUAAGAAUUCACAUCCGCGUUGGCCAGAAAACUUGCCAAAAGCUACAGCUCGUGUAGAAAAAUCGGCCGAGGAGCUGGAGGAUGAACAGAGACUCCUUAUAGAGAACGCUGAGCGUGAGCUUGCUUCUGAUCGUGAAAAAUACGGCGACCGAACUGGUGAGACAGGAAAUAGAGGCAGAAGUCGCUGGCACAACACUGGUCAUAACCGAAGCAAUAGAACGGGAAAUUCGAAUAGGAGAGGCAGAUAUAACUAA